CUGUUUUCCGCGAUCAGAUGUUUUAACCUUGCGUUGUGAUCGCGCAGCGGCGUUGGCCGUGCACCGUAGCGCGCUUACGUAAUAGACCUAUGCGAAUGAAUCUGCCCCGCGGCCUCCCAAGGCCCCCUCAGCCCCCCCUCCAAUAAUUUGGCAGCUCGCGAAACUUCGGUCAACAUUUUUUCCUGGUUAACAGAAAUAGCAGCUGGUCAAAUUAUUCGCGGUUGUUGCUUGCACUUCGCUUUUAUUUUAUUCGUUUUUCGUGCGUGCGUUUGUGCUGUCUUAAUUCCUUCGACGCGAGGACGAUUGUGACCGAUACGUUUGCGCAUUUAAAAUGUUAUUGUGACUUAGGUUAUUUACUACAUAUAUGUAUUAUUGUUGUGAGUGCGUAUACGUAUUUCCAAUUGGACGGAAAACGAAUGUUUGGCGGUAGUUAUGGAAAUGCCAGCUAAAAAUAUUUUCCAAUCUAGUGUUGAAAUGGACACCCAGCAACAACAAUUCUGUUUGAAAUGGAAUAGUUUUGGAACAAAUCUCGCCACAUCAUUUAGCAAUCUCUUCAAAUCCGAAAGUUUAGCAGAUGUGACGUUAUUUUGCGAAGGGGUAACAUUCAAGGCUCACAAAUUGAUAUUAGCUGCGUGUAGUAAGCAUUUAGCUGACCUCUUCGAAACAGCCCCAUUACAUCAAAAUUUAUUGGUAAUAUUAGAUGGCACGUCAGCAACGAACAUGUCCGCUUUAUUGGAGUUUAUGUACAAAGGGGAAGUACACAUUUCGCAAGACGCUCUUUCGAGCUUUCUCAAGGCAGCUGAAUGUCUACAGGUAAAGGGUUUAAGUAUCGAACACGAAAAACUGGCAGUGGCCCAGAGUCAACCGAAUAUUGACUCGUCAUUGGAAUCACCUACCUCAAGAAAACCAUUCCGAGUUCUCAAAGAUGACUCGGAUCAAACUUCGAAUAUGCAACAGCAGCAGCAACACCAGCCCGGCUCGUCACCGUCUUAUUCACCCUCAAUGUCACCAUUCAUGCAUCCAUCCCAAUACAGACAACAAUUCGACCAACGUCUACCUCCAACGAAUACUUCUUUUGAAACAGCUCAACAGCAAAAACGAUCACUGCGCAGCCCCAACGAUAUGCUACAAGAAAGGGCGUCCGUGUUAAGGGACGGAAAAGCUGCGACGCGACCUAAUUCGCCACCCCCUGUUUCUUUAGGGUACCGCUUGUCAUCAUCAGGUUCUUGUCCGCUUCCAUCUCCACAUGAUGAAGGAGGGAAUUCAGAGGCGCAUUACCAUCCGGACCCGUCAGCUACUUCAUUAGUGUGUCCAGAGAAUGCUAGUGAACAUUGUCAGGAUCCAGGAUGUCCCGAAGAUUUACGUAUGAAAAUUGACCCAGUGCAGGAGGAACAUUUAAGUACAUCAGGGAACGGAAAUAUAGGAGAAGGUGGUAGCGGAAGUAGCGGAACAGCAGCUCCAAACGGUUCAGUGGGUCCAGUAACGAGUUACGAUAUAAAAAGGAAAGAUACGGAUUUGAUGUCUGCGACAUUAUGGAAUUCGGUCGGGAAGAUUGGAAAAAGUGGUUCUGUUACCACACCUGAUGGCAAAAAACUGAAGUGUCCUUUCUGUGAAAGAUUGUACGGUUACGAGACGAACCUACGAGCUCACAUUCGACAACGCCACCAGGGUAUUCGGGUGCCGUGUCCUUUCUGCUCCCGCACAUUUACCCGGAAUAACACGGUAAGGCGACAUAUAGCUCGGGAACAUAAGACGGAGCUGAGUCUUAAGGCAUUCCAACAGACUCAGCAGGCGCAUAACCAUAACUAGCAAGCACUCUCACAAUAUACCACAGCCACCAUCACAAAACAGUGAAUGUUUUAGGUGCACGUGCAGUCGCCGCGCAUGCGCACUAAAUUCUCGUGCGUUGUAAAUAAAAAUGGGUAGUAAGAGGACUCCGUGUAUGCGCGGCGAUCGAUUACUUGUCUGUGUUGUUAAUUAAUAAUAUUAAUAACGAUAAAUAUAAUUGUUUUUGUUUUGGAUUUUUAAAGUUCAAAUGUUACAAGCUGGUCUUGCGUUUUUAAGAGGAUUUUGUUUGUAACUGUUAAUGAAAACGGGUGUGGACCAACGGACUGCUACUUAGGUCCGUGGUCCUUUUUUAAUUAUUAAUUAUUAUCGUAAUAUUAUCAUACCUUUGUAUGUACGGUUUCCGUUUCUAAUUUAAGUUUGUUAGGUUUUGCUAUAUAGUUUUAAUGUCAAGCAGAUAUAAACGAAAUAGGAAAUAGUUAUAUUAAACUGUUAAGCAUAAAGGUUCAUGAUAAUUUUAGGGGUGUGCAGGCUACUAAAUUGACCAGUUUUUACAGAUCUUUAACUCAAUGCAAUCAGGUGAAUAGAAUAACGGUCUAGUUGCAAUACGAAGCUUUUUUUUACGAUACCGUUCUCAGGAAUUUACCUCCAUCAUUUUAUAGUAAUUUUUUAGUUAUAUUAGGGAGAUACGUUAUGUACUCGCGAUUUUGAUAGCAGUAGAAUUUUUGUUUAUAUUAUAUUAUUUGUUUUUUGUUCAGUUUUGUCGAGUGAAAGACAAACGAUGCAUAUUAGUUUGCUUUGUGUAGGAUAUUUAUUUUAUUUUAUGUUUUUUGCAAAUGAAUUAAAGUUACUCUCAACAUUGCUCCUAAUCGAUUUAAGAGAUGAAUUAUAAGAAGUGAUGGAAAACGUGAACCAUACGAAAGAAAUAUCAGUAUACUAUGUCCCAAUCUACCUCAGUCUACCUCAUUUAUUAUUUUUUUAUAUUUAUACACAUAAUUAUUACACAUUUACAUUGUUUUAUAGUUAUAACGUUAGAUACAUACACGUAGAUGUUAGGAUGCACAUCCCUAAAUAAAUUUUUUGGCUCUGGCAAGAAAAAUGGGUACAUACUUAUCAGUAAGGUGGUUUAAAAUAUUAAUAUCAACCUUUGAAAUAAGUCUGUAACCCACCAGCCUCCAUUACGAAUUCUUCAGUAAUUUUUAUGUUAUACUAGUCAUCUAAGUGCAACAAAACCUCAAAACUAGUAAUAAUUUUAUCUAGUAUUUAGUUUUAUGAACUCAGGUAAAUGCUUGCGUGUUUAGGUAUUUGUUGCUAUUUCAGAGGUGUGUAUGUAUUUCAAAUCAAAUUCAAAUUUAUAUUUUUGUACCCAUUUUCCGAAUUUAGUUGCUUUAAUUUGUAGAUGUUAAUUAUUAAUUAAUUAAAUGGGUGUUUUAAGAUGUUCAACAUCUUCGGCAAUGUGGGGAAUGUAUUUUUGGCAUCUUCUUCGAAUGACGAUACCGUGACGUUCUUCUUUAUUACAAAAACAUCUGCAUUACUUACGUGCAGAAGUUGAAACCGCAAAUACCUCAUAAAGUACAAAUCUCAAAGCAUACUGUUGUAUAUUAGAGAAGAGCUAUAUAAAUAUAUUAAACAGAACAGAAGAUAUUUGUAAAUGUAUACAUUAUAUAAGAGAAUAUGAUCUUUAUUGCAGUUUUUAUCGUUGUAUUUUCUACAAGGAGUUUUGCUUUUAAAUGACAACUUGUUUGCUCAAAAAAAAAUAGAAAAAAUAUAGGAAUAUUGUCGUAAUCAGCAAACAAAAAGAUACACAGUUUUUGUUCCUUGAUUUAUAAUGCCAAUUUUUAUGGUUGUUAAAGUAAAUAAUACUUAGAAGUAAGUGUUUGAUAAAUGUUGCAUUUUAUUGGUGUAUAUAGUCCGUCUGUUUAAAUUUAAACUAGUGUAACUGUCUUCAUAAAUUAUAUGAAUUAAGUAACGAAACUUCACGUUAUUGUCAUUUUGAAGAUUCUUAAAAAAAUUACAUAAAACAUCUAAAGUGUCAUAAGUGUAUUUAAUGUUUACUAGUGUGGUAUGCAACCGUGAAAUAUCCUAAGCACUUGCUGUUCAUCCCCCAAUUUAACCCUAUACUUCAUAAAAAAAAAAUGCUGUGAGUAGUAGUUAUGUGAGCAUCUUUGAAUUAUUGCAUAAGAAAAGUGUAAAAUUUUGUGUUAAAAUGGGAGAAAAUGAGCCAGAGGAUACUUUUUUUUUUAAUUUCUCAGAUCGACUGAAAAAAAUAAAUACACUAGAAAUUUCGACUACAUUUUGUUAAUCUUACUUCCAACUCUUGUAGUACUUCUUCAACUGAAGUAAUACAAAGAUUUCGGAAAGAUUAGUUAAUUUUUACCGUCAUUCCUCUUGCUUAUUUUGCGUCCUUUAGGAACCCUGUAUGUGACAAAAAAAGAAUAGUAACAAAUAUCAAAGUUACGAUGGUUUCACAGUUAGUUGUCAACAGUAAUGGAUUUUUGUUUUGUUUACUAGUCAUACACAAUUCACUUCCCAGUCUACCUCAGGUAUACAGUAUUCGAUUUUUUUAAAGUUAAAUGCUUAUAUGUAAUCUCAGCUCGACUUUUUUAUUAACUAAAGAGUUUCUAUUACAUUGUUUAGCUGUAUUUCAUUAUAAAUAUAAAAAUAAGAGACAUCUUUAGGUUAUAAGAGUGAUAUUUAUUUUAGGUGAUAUUAAAGGUGUCUCUCAUUUUUAAACAAAUCGCUCUAUAUUUGUAGAGCAUUAUGAGUAAGUUCAUUUAAGGAAAAUUUCCAGAAAUUUUGUUUUAUAAUUUUUCGGCAGGUUUUGUUGAUUUUGAUUUGGUCAUUUGAAUUGGAAAUUAUUUUUUAGCAGUUACAAUAGCUACUUUUGUUUUGCAUAAACGCAUUUAAAGUACUUUUGCUUAUUGUAGGGUCAUUUUUGAUGGAUUUUUUGCCUAUAUUUUGUAGUACACAUUUAGAAAUCUAAUUUUUCGUUUUUAAGAGUGGUAUUUUGUUUUUACAUGCAGUUAUAAUUAUUUCCAGCCCUGCGAUUACAAUAAAAAAGUACUUACAUAUUUGAAAUUAUUAUAUUUGUUGCUGUAUAUGCAAAUGUGUUGUUGUGAUUCAAAUUCAUUUAUUUCCUUAUUAUUACCAUGUUUUCUGUUUCCAUGUACUAAUUUUUUCUUUAUAGAUAAAAUUAAUGUGUGGCAUUCAGGGUUCAAAACAAAUCCUUGUAAAUAUUACAUUUAAUUUAGUAAUUCUAAUUUGUUAUUUUUUUUUUUCGUUAAUGAACACUUUCAGUUAGUUCGUUUAUGCCCAGUUGUUUUUCAUCAAUAUACUAUUACAUAUAUUUUUAAAAAAUUGUUAUGCACAUCAUUACCACCGUUUAGUUCUAGGUAAGGUAAUAAAUAGUUUUAAUAGUAACAUGACAUCAGUAUCGAAGGAAAACCAGGAAUGCCGAUUGAGAAAAUUUUUUACUGAAAAAAUCUAGAAUGGAGCAUGCAAUAUAUUUUGAUAUAUUAGGUAUAGCGAAUUACUGUAAGCAUACAAUCGGCACCGGUUGGAUUUAGUAAGUAAAGGUUAAAUUUGUAGAAUUGCGAUGUGAAGAAGUAUAUUGUAAGGUUUUGUAUGUUUCUAUGAAAUGUUGUUCAUCCCAAAUCAAGUUGCUUAAAUGUAAAAUAAAAUAAGCAACUAAUUGUCUACUUACAUAUGUAAUAGGCAAUUUUGUACUGGUUGAAUUUUCUACACAGUUAAGAGUAAAUAGUCUGUAGGUGGUCUAUAGUUGCAGAAGCCAUUAACUACAAGAUUUUUAGUAUGAUGAAAUAUCUGUCAUUAUAAUGUUUAAUGUUGGCAUAUUUAAAAAAAAAUAGAUACACAGGCGAAAACAUUACCUAUGAGUAGCACAUUGGCCUACACCUUUCUGGAAAAAUUUAAAUUAUUUAAGAAAAAUUAGAAACUGUCUAAAACUAAGAUACAAUUGUUAUUUAGUAUGCAACUUUAGGUUUAGAACAAUAUAAACUAUUGCCAUUAUUCAUAUUUAGACAAUCAAAGUAAUGUAUUUACCUAAAAUACGUUCUAUCUAUUUACAUUUUAGCCAAAAGCAAUAAUAACGUCUGCUAGUACCUGUAUGUAAAUAUGUAUAAGUAGAUUUUGACUUAACCCCAAUUAUUUGCUGUAUGUUUUAAAAUCGGAAUACUGUAUUUCGUUGUUAUAUAAUGACAGCGUCUGCUAAUUACGAGACCUCCUUCCUAAUGUUAAUUGCUAAGCAGUUUAAUGAAAAGAUACAACAAAAUAAAAGAUGAUGAUUCAUUAAACUUAAAGAUCUGUGUAGUUACAGGCUUCCAAAAAGAUUUUAUGUGAUGGUAUGUAGAAUUAAAUCAGUUAUUUGGGUUGAACUUGAGAACAGUUAGUUCAUAUUUUUAUUGUAAAAUUCUGAUACGUUUUACUUAUUUGCCGUGGGUGUACCUAACUGUAAGAGGGAGUUGAUGUUACGAAUUUCUAGCAAAAUUUUGAGAUCAUGCCGCACACGUCAGCAGCAUGAUCGUUUUUAAUAAAUGUUGAACCCUACCUGGACUAUUAUAAACUGAAGUUAUUAAGAAUCACAUUAGCACAUUGUAAACGUUUAAUUGCUGACUUUUUGUUGACAAAUGGUUUUCUUUGUCUCUUUUUCUAUACUAGAACAAUAGUGGCAAUGCAAUUCGACCGCAAUUUACUGAACAAUAAAAAAAAAAACUUUUUUUUUACUUUAAAAUCUCAGGUAUAUUCAGGGAACCUGCGUUUAUUAUUAAGUAUACAUUUCAGGGAAUUACAGGUAAUUCAUUAAAUGUCUAAAUGUUGUGUGUAUGUAUGUGUGUGUUUAAAUGAAACGAGUGAAUGUGUUAUGACCGGGAUGUUUUGAUGAUAUUUUGCUUUAUUCCAAUGGCCGUUCGAAUGGAGCUUAACUGCAUCCAGCCAGUUUAGAUUUUUGUGCUGAAUAGUACGAUAAUAAAUAAUAUAAACUACAGUACAAAUAGGUAACUACCUCAUGAAAUAUAACGAAACAAUUCAAAGUAGUUUUGUUGGCCUUUUUCGAUAAAAUACAAAUGUAAAAAGUAUUUCACGCACAUUUAUAUAAACUUCGCUACCUCUGCACAGUCUCAGGAAAUAAAUAAUAAACGUAUAAUAGUAUAAAUUACAUAGUGUAUUCGCGCUUGCCUUUUCUGAUGGUAUACAUUUUAUCGAAUCUCCGUUAUAAGCUAAAGCAACAAUACUAUACCUUCACAUUAUGUAUCGUUACUGCAAAUAUUGCAAGUGUUAAUAUAAUAAUAAAAUGCUGUAUAUUAAAAAUUAAUGUUUAUAAACUUGAUGUUUAGACAUACAAAGUUCGAGUUAAAAUUCUCCAUGUGAAAUAAUAAUAUUUCUAAGAUUAAUGCUCAAAUAAUAUUUUUCGUUUUGCUUUCACAGACAUUUUACAAAAGCAAUUGUAAAGAUGAUUGUCAACUGUUCAGUGUGCGCCAGGAAUAUUGCAUUGCCACGUGUUGUGUAUUUGCCUAAAGGGCAGAAAACUCUGUACGCUCGGAGUAUAACAACUAUUGUAACUGUACAUAAGUAAUUUAAAAUCAAGUAAUUUACAAUGUAUUCAUGUUUGUUUUACCUUAUUAAUUUUAAUAAACAAAUUGACGUUUA